AUGACAACGACAAAAAUUGUUACCUCCGGAUUCUGCCCAAAAGGAUGGAUACCUGAAACUAGACUUCUCAAAUGUUAUAAGCCAUUUAUACGACGGGUACCGUACGAGAUUGCUGCGCAAAAAUGCCGCACACUUAAUGCUACGUUGCUAACAAUCAACAGCAGGAAUGAAGAUUUUGCCAUUUUGAACAUGAUCGUCGAUGGGGAGCCGUGGUUUCGCAGGGGCGGAAGUCUGAUACUUGGCCCAAAAUAUCGGGUAAAAGGAGCCUCUCCAGAACGAAUAUUGGUCGCUCCGAACGGCCGUCGUGAUGACCUCUAUACGAACUUUGCUGCUGGGGAACCAAAUAAUGCUGGCGCCUCGGAAAGUUGCGUCGAAGUCCGGAUGUGGCAGUACGACCAACAACCGUUUUCCAACUAUUCAGGCCUGUGGAAUGACUAUGAUUGUGGCUGGGAAAGGAGUUCUUUCAUCUGUGAAUUGCCGUUGUCCGCGAAACAACUU